GCAAGAGCUGGUGGGGGUCUGCAUGUGUGAGGGGCAGGCAGACCACAGCACUCCGUAAUAACCAUAUAAGGAUCUGAACAGGGUCUUUUCGCUUUCGACUGUCCCUUUGAUGAUGAUGAUGGUGAUGAUCAGUGUUGAACGUGCGGAUGAAAAAAGCGAGAAUGGCGUGCACGACACGAGCACGGAGUGAUGGUGACACAUGCCAAAUCCUGUGUAAUCCCCAUCUGUCUUUGUUGUUGCGACGUUAGCUUGCAACUACUUGCUCACUGUUGGCGAAACCUACUGUAUUGCAUAAUGGUCCCUGUGCACACAGAGUGGAUGGUGGAGCUCGCACCAGAGCAAACGGUCUCACUGUUGGAGCAUAAAAAAGCCUGAACAUGGUGAAGCUGGAGCUGGAUCAGGUGGUGAUGAGGAGGAUGAAGGAGGACGACAUAGAGGUGGUCAAAGCCCUCAUCAAGGAAGGCAGUGAGGGCACAGAGAACCGUCUCAUCCUCCACAUCCUCACUCGUCCACUCUGCCUCUUCAUCCUGGCUGUCUUGUCCUCGAUCCUGCGCUGCCUUGUCCAUUCCUUCAUCCUGGCGCUUGCUAUUCCCGUCUUCCUGCUAAUUGUCUUUCUCAAGAUCACCAUGCCUCGGUCCACUGGGGUUCUGGGCAGCAGCCGCCCCUACUGGGACUACCUGGGAAGCAGCUACAGAGGGACACAGGACGAGACGCUGCAGAAUCCCUACUGCAGGAUCAGUGGCAAGACACCGGUGACGAAAAGGCCAAAGCGCAGAAUCAGCCCCAAAGAAAAGGACAAAGAAGUGUCAACAGAGAAGAUCACACCAGAGAGGGAGCAGACAGCGGGGCAGGUCUGGCUGGCAGAAUGCGAUUUUGACAUCAUCGGCUGCAUCUUCCGGGAAAACGAGAGUCGAGCGGGUAUCAGGAGGAUCUGCAGGGUGGUGACGGGCUGCUGGUACCGCAGGGAGGGCUUGGGCCGGCUGCUGGUCCAGAGUCUGGAGCAGAGAGAGAGGGAGACUGGCGCCCACAGGGUGUACGCACACGUCCCCUUCCCCUCCAAGGUGGGGGAGGUCUUCUUCAGGAAGCUGGGCUAUCGGCUACUCGGGGAAGGGACUAAUAAUGAAGACGAUGAGGAGAGGAACCUGGAGACUCCAGAGAGAGGAUUUCUGGGAUACCCCCUCACUAAGGUGUUUUACAAAGACCUGUGAUGGAUGGAUGAUGGACCCAGUGUCCCAAGGUGUCCCAGCCUGUCUGAAGGCAAAGACGACUGUGGAUCUCUGCUGAAGGUGACUGUGUCAUUGCAGCAAAUGUUUGACGAAUGGUUUCGGUUAAUAAUUUAUUGAAUAUUUGUUUAAUUUAUACCAGUAUUUAUUUAUGCCAUGUGUUGUUAUUUGUUUUAAGUAUAUAUUUGUCUUUUUUCAUAAUUUAAAGUACCAUCUGCCCAUUUUCAUAAGGACAAUACUUCGUUAUUUAAUAACUCAAAAAUGACAUGAACCUUCAGAUGUGCUGUUCUCUCGUCAUUUGUAACGAAAUAAAAUAUUUAUUUAAAAUGUG